AUGUCUUCUACUGACGAGACCAAGCCAGCCCAGCCAGGCGAUUCUGCCGAUGCUGAAAAGGAUUUCCAACCCCUAUCACCUCAAUUCUGGCUGAUUAUGCUGGGGGUUUAUCUAUCAAUGUUUUUAGUUGCAUUGGACCGGACAAUCAUCGCUACUGCAAUCCCAGCUAUCACCGACGAGUUCCACGCAAUCAGCGAUAUCGGUUGGUAUGGAAGUGCUUAUAUGUUGACCGCUGCCUCCUUUAACCCCCUCUUUGGCCGGGUCUACCAGCUUUAUUCAACGAAAUGGACUUUCAUCUCCUGCAUUGUCGUAUUCGAGGUCGGUUCAGUUAUUUGUGGAGCGGCGCCGACAUCCACGGCAUUCAUAAUCGGUCGUGCAAUUGCUGGAGUAGGCUCGGCUGGCAUUUUCACUGGAGCCAUGAUGAUCAUCGUCUCGCUUGUGCCUCUCCGCAAGCGUCCUAUGCUCACCUCUAUUUCUGGUAUGGUCUUUGCGGUGUCAUCUGUGGUGGCCCCAAUCAUUGGCGGCGCCUUUACAGACAAUGUAACCUGGAGAUGGUGUUUUUAUAUCAACCUCCCCGUCGGAGGGUUCGCGCUAGUAGCAGUGCUAGUGUUGUUCCACUCCCAGGCUCCCCCGGCUCCCCAGAAAGGUAUCAAGGCUCAGGUUAAGCGACUUGACCCCUUGGGUGUUUUCCUGUUCGUUCCCUCGAUCAUUAGUCUCAUCCUCGCUCUUGAAUGGGGCGGUACUACCUACGCCUGGUCAGCACCCACUAUGGUCGGUCUCUUCGUCACGUUUGCCGUCCUCUUCGUGGCAUUUAUUAUACUCCAGGUCUUGACGCCUGAAACGGCGAUGAUACCAAUGCGAAUUGUCCUGAACCGCUCGAUAGCUGGUAGCAUGCUAUUCAUCUUUCUGUUUACCGGGGCAAUGAUGUCCAUUGUAUACUACUUGAAUAUCUGGUUCCAAGUCGUCAAGGGAGACUCGGCCACCCAGGCAGGACUCAGCACCAUUCCACUAGUCCUAGCCUUGGUAAUCAUGGGAAUUAUAUCAGCUGCUGUAACACAGCGCAUUGGGUACUACGUCCCGGCCAUGCUGGUAGCUCCAGUUCUCGCUUCUGUCGGCGCCGGCCUUCUCUCAACUAUGACCCCGAGCUCAAACCACAGUUACUGGAUGGGCUACCAGGUGCUCUAUGGUCUGGGAAAUGGCUGUGGCUUCCAGACGUCCAACCUUUCGGCGCAGACUGUUCUUUCAAAAGCGGACGUUCCAAUCGGCAUGGCGCUGAUGUUCUUUAUGCAGCAACUCGGCGGUGCUGUCUUCCUCGCCGUGGAUCAGAACCUGCUUUCGACGAAACUCGUGCAGCGUCUUUCCAAUGUCGCAGGACUCGACGCUCACGCCAUUGUGAACACUGGUGCCACCGAUCUCAGGAAGAGCGUUCCUGCAGACCAACUUAGCACAGUUGUCAACGCGUAUAACUAUACGCUGUCGCAGAUUUUCAUUGUCGCUGCAGGUCUUGGCGCCGCUGCCAUCCUGGGUGCUGUUGCUGUUGAGUGGGUUAAUAUCAAGACCGUGAAUCAGAAAGGAUCAGAAAACAAAUCUACUGGCGAGAAAGGCAGUGAGUCUGAGACGCAACACGACCUUGAAGCUGGCCGACAGGAGGCAACCGAUAAAAAUUCCGCAUCCAAGGAGAAACCUCAGGCUUAA